AUGAACACUCGAAGAGAAGCGUCACAGGACCGAGCCAUCGUCAAAAUAGCAGCGCAUUUACCGGACCUCAUUGUCUAUGGAGACUUCUCUCCAGAGCGACCGUCUGUGGAUUAUUUUGAUGGCGUCUUGAUGUUUGUUGAUAUUUCAGGUUUUACUGCAAUGACUGAGAAGUUCAGCACAGCCAUGUACAUGGACCGAGGGGCUGAGCAGUUGGUGGAGAUCCUCAACCACUACAUAAGUGCAAUAGUGGAGAAAGUGUUGAUUUUUGGAGGAGACAUCUUAAAAUUUGCAGGUGAUGCAUUGCUAGCCCUGUGGAAGGUGGAGAGGAGGCAACUGAAAAAUAUUAUCACUGUGGUAAUUAAAUGUAGCCUGGAGAUCCAUGGAUUGUUUGAGACCCAGGAGUCUGAAGAAGAUCUGGAUGUACGAGUCAAGAUAGGACUGGCCGCCGGCCACAUCACCAUGUUGGUCUUUGGAGACGAAUCUCGAAACUACUUUCUGGUGACUGGGCAGGCGGUGGAUGACGUGCGCCUCGCACAGAACAUGGCGCAGAUGAAUGACGUCAUCCUGUCACCAAACUGCUGGCAGCUGUGCGACAGGAGCAUGAUUGAAAUUGAGAGGAUUCCAGAUCAGAGAGCAGUGAAGGUUAAUUUCUUAAAACCACCCUCUACAUUUAACUUUGAUGAAUUUUUCACAAAGUGUAUGACUUUCAUGGAUUAUUAUCCUUCUGGUAACCACAAAAACCUCCUGAGACUUGCAUGCAUGUUGGAGUCGGAUCCGGAACUGGAGCUGUCCCUACAAAAGUAUGUGAUGGAAAGCAUAUUGAAGCAGAUUGAUGACAAACAGCUUCGGGGUUAUUUGUCUGAGCUUCGCCCGGUGACGAUUAUGUUUGUAAACCUGAUGUUUAAGGACCAAGACAAAGCAGAAGUCAUAGGCUCAGCCAUCCAGGAUGCUUGUGUGCACAUUAACUCUGUCCUGAGGGUCUUCCGAGGCCAAAUCAACAAAGUCUUCAUGUUUGACAAGGGCUGCUCCUUCCUCUGUGUCUUUGGUUUCCCUGGGGAAAAGGCACCUGAUGAGGUCACACAUGCCUUGGAAAGUGCUGUGGAUAUAUUUGACUUCUGCUCUCAGGUCCACAAAAUCCACACUGUUUCCAUCGGCGUGGCCAGCGGGAUCGUCUUCUGUGGAAUCGUUGGACACUCUGUGAGGCAUGAGUACACAGUCAUUGGUCAGAAAGUCAACAUAGCUGCCAGGAUGAUGAUGUACUACCCGGGAAUCGUGACCUGUGACUCCGUCACCUACAAUGGCAGCAACCUACCAGCCUACUUUUUUAAAGAGCUUCCAAAAAAAGUCAUGAAAGGUGUUGCAGAUUCUGGACCAGUGUAUCAGUGUUUGGGCCUUAAUGAGAAAGUCAUGUUUGGGAUGGCAUACCUCAUCUGCAACAGAAAUGAGGGCUACCCUUUGCUGGGACGUGAUAAGGAGAUCAAAUACUUCAUGUGUUCUAUGAAGGAAUUUUUGAUGUCUAACUGCAGCCGGGUCCUGAUGUACGAAGGAUUAUCGGGCUAUGGAAAAAGCCAGAUACUUGUGGAAAUUGAGUACCUGGCCCAAGGUGAGAACCACAGGACUAUUGCUAUUGGGUUGACUAAGAUCAGCUUCCAUCAAAAUUUUAAUACCAUCCAGAUACUCAUGGCCAAUGUACUAGGUCUGGAUACCUGUAAACAUUAUAAAGAACGACAGACUAACCUUCAAAAUAAAGUCAAGGCACUGUUGGAUGAAAAGUUCCAUUGUCUUCUUAAUGACAUCUUCCAUGUGCAGUUCCCCAUUUCACGAGAGGUUUCCAAGAUGAGCACCUCAAGAAAACAAAAGCAGUUGGAAGCACUGUUUAUGAAGAUCUUGGAGCGAACAGUGAAAGAGGAAAGGAUUAUUUUUAUCAUUGACGAGGGCCAGUUUAUCGAUCCGGCUUCCUGGGCCUUCAUGGAGAAGCUUAUCCGGUCUGUUCCUGUCUUCAUCAUCAUGUCCCUGUCUCCCUUCAUCGACAUACCCUGUGCGGCUGCCAGCGCCAUCAUGAAGAACAGGAACACCACCUACGUCACCCUGGGGGCCAUGCAGCCCAAGGACAUCCGCAACAAGGUCUGCCUGGACCUCAACGUCCGGGGCAUCCCCAAAGAGCUGGACACGUACCUGGUGGAGGGGAGCUGUGGGAUUCCAUUUUACUGCGAAGAGUUGCUUAAAAAUCUUGACCAUCACAGGGUACUUGUUUUCCAAGCAGUGGAGUCUGAGGAGAAGAUAAAUGUGACCUGGAAUAACCUGUUCAGGAAUUUUGCCAUGCCAACAGAGGAAUUUAAAAUGCUUGCUUUUGGUUAUAAUAAGGGAAAUGAAGAAGUCUGUAACCUCACCAGUGAUGUCAGAUUGAAAAACUUGUCACCACCAGCGUCGUUAAAAGAAAUCUCGCUGGUCCAGCUGGAUAGCAUGAGCCUAUCCCACCAGAUGUUGGUGAGAUGUGCUGCCAUCACUGGCCUGACCUUCACUACUGAGUUGCUGUUUGAGAUUCUCCCUUGUUGGAACAUGAAGGUGAUGAUCAACGCCCUGGCAACCCUCGUGGAAUCCAAUGUCUUCGAUUGCUUCCGGAAUCGCAAGGAGCUCCAGGUGGCCCUAAAGCAGAACGCAACUUCUUUUGAGGUGAAUUAUCGCUCCCUCUCUCUGAGGCCCACUGAAGGAAUGGCCCUUGGUGAGGAGGAGGAGCUUCGGGAGCUGGAGAGCGAGGUGAUUGAGUGCCACAUCAUUCGAUUCUGCAGGCCGAUGAUGCAGAAGACAGCCUACGAGCUGUGGCUGAAGGACCAGAAGAAAGCCAUGCACUUGAAAUGUGCCCGCUUCCUAGAGGAAAAUGCCCACAGGUGUGACCACUGCCGUAGUGGGGACUUUGUCCCCUUUCACCACUUCACGGUGGACAUCCGGCUCAACACCUUGGACUUGGAUACCAUCAGGAAGAUGGCUAGGUUCCAUGGAUUUCAAACUGAAGAGGAGAUCACCUUUUCCAGAAUAGAGACUCUUAAGAAAUCUGAAGGAUUUUCUGGAAAUCCCAGUUUUGAAGAAGUAAGAGAAAAGAUCUUGACUUUCUUUGACAUUGUUAUAACAAGAAUGAGGACGUCUGAGGAAGACAUCACUCCUCUGGAAAACUGCCAGUGUGAGGAGAUCGUGGAGAUUGUCAUCAUUCCUCUGGCUCACCAUUUUCUGGCUUUGGGAGAAAACAACAAAGCCUUGUAUUACUUCCUAGAAAUCGCAUCUGCUUAUCUCAUCUUGGGUGAUAAUUAUAUGGCUUACAUAUAUUUGAAUGAGGGAGAGAGGAUGCUGAAAACUCUCAAGAAGGAAAAAUCUUGGAGUAAGACUUUUGAGUCAGCUACCUUUUAUACCCUCAAAGGUCAGGUCUGUUUCAACAUGGGCCAGAUGGUGAUUGCCAAGAAGAUGCUAAGGAAGGCCCUGAAGCUCCUCAAUCGAAUCUUUCCUUACAAUUUAAUUUCCUUGUUUCUCCAGACACAUGUUGAGAAAAACAGACACUUUCAUUAUAUCAAUAAGAAUCAGCAGGCCCAAGAGAGCUCACCUCCAGGGAAGAAGAGGCUGGCGCAACUUUACCAGCAAACCACCUGCUUCUCCUUGCUGUGGCAGAUCUAUAGCUUAAAUUACUUUUUUCACUACAAGUAUUAUAGCCACUUGGCAGCUAUGAUGCAAGUGAACACUGCACUGGAAACUCAAGAUGACUUCCAGAUCAUUAAGGCCUACCUGGACUAUUCGCUGCACCACCAUCUGGCUGGCUACCAGGGCACAUGGUUCAAAUAUGAGAUCAUGGCCAUCGAGCACAUCUUCAACCUCCCCGAGAAACGCAAGAGCAUUGAAAUUGUGACCUACGUGGCCCAUGCGCUUAGCUACAUCAAGCUCCUAAUGGGUGACUUGGACUUGGCCAUUGACUUAGGCUCUCGAGCCCACAAGAUGUGGGCAUUGCUUCAGAAUCCCAGCAAACACUGUCUGGUCCUCUGCUGGCUUAGUAAAUCCUUAUUCUUGAAAAACAGAUACAAGCAGCUGAUCCAGGUGCUGGGGUGGCUGUGGGAUCUUUCUGUAGCAGAAGAGCACAUUUUCAGCAAGGCCUUUUUCUAUUUCAUCUGCCUGGACAUCAUGCUUUAUUCUGGCUUUGUUUAUAGGACAUUUGAAGAAUGUUUGGAAUUCGUAUAUCAAAAUGAAGACAACAGGAUCCUCAAGUUUCAGAGUGGAAUCCUCCUGGGACUUUACUCGUGUGUUGCUAUCUGGUAUGCCAGACUUCAGGAAUGGGACAACUUUCAGGUCUUUUCCAAUAGAGCCAAAAGUCUCGUGUCAAGAAGAACCCCCACAGCUCUUUACUGCGUCAGCAUCUGUAGGUACAUGGAAGGGCAAGUUCUCUACCUUCAAAAGCAAAUUGAAGAACAAUCUGAGAAUGCUCAGGACAUUGGAGUCGACAUACUCAAGAACUUGGAGAGUCUGAUGGCUCAAAACACCACCGGGCCUGUCUUCUACCCAAGGCUUUACCACCUGAUGGCCUAUGUCUGCAUACUGAUGGGGGAUGGGCAGAACUGCAACCUCUUCCUGAGCACAGCCUUACAGCUCUGUGAAACACAGGGGAACGUGCUGGAGAAAUGCUGGCUGAACAUGAGCAAAGAAUGGUGGUACUCAAGCUCUGAGUUAACCGAAGACCAGUGGCUUCAAACAGUCUUGAAUCUCCCCUCAUGGGAAAAAGUUGUAUCAGGCAAGGUCAACAUGCAGGAUAUUCAAAAAAACAAAUUCCUGAUGCGAGUUAAUAUCCUGGACAAUCCUUUCUAACGUUUCGUGAAAGAGAGCAAAGAUUUUAGUAAGACUCCUUCUCUUGAGAUGAUCUGUUAUUAACCUGUCUCUGUAGCCAGCAUCCUCUGGGUCCUUACAUACUCCCUUCAGUUCCAGACACAGAACCAGACAUGGUUUCUCCUCUUUCCAGAGGGUCGGAAAGGGUCAGCAGUGUCCAUGCUCUACUUUCUCAGCUUUACACAAAUUCCCUUUGCCUUUCAUGUUGUUCUCACUUAACCUGUUGAUUUCUGCCCAUGCAAAAUUGUAUCAGAUCAAAAAAUAUUAAUAUCAAAAUGGUACAUCGUACAACUGAUGCCCUUCUAGUUAAUCUAUUAAACUGAAAAUGGCUAUUUUUAAAUGUCCAGUUGUUCAAUCUUUUGUAUGUAGCCCGAGAUUACAAAUAGCAAAUUCUCAUCAUGGUCCCUAAGGGCAAGAUUUGAGAAGACACAUCUUCAUCUUGCUUGACUGCAGCCUCCAAAGCCCUUGUAACCACAUGCAUCAAAU